ACGCCCUGCAGGAAUUCCUGGCGUCUCGGAGAAAUCACACACUAAAACUAAAACACUCCCUUUGGCUGCGUGCGUGAGGCGCCACAUCGAAACCUUAUAAAAGUGUGGAAAAUGUUGCUGGUCCUGCUGCAGAUGCUGGUUUUUGUGUCUUCUUCUCCACCGAGAUGCGACCCACGAGUGAGAGGACAGUGCAAGCCAGUGCAAGUGGAAGAAAAACCCAAAUGCACAGAUUUGCUGCUGUCCUACUGCGAGGACAUGUCCUACACCCAGACCAUGUUCCCCAACGUCAUCGGCCACAAGAGCCGCGAGGAGGCCGAGUCCGGGGCCGAGUACCUGCUGAUCAGUGUGAUUGAGUCCCUGCUGGGCGGGGAGUGCAACCCUGACAUACGGAUGCUGGGCUGCUCGGUGCUGGCGCCGCCCUGCGAGAAGGAGAAGGUGCUGAAGCCCUGUCGCAGCACUUGUGAGGCCGUGCGCAAAAAGUGCAGCGCUGCUUUUGACAGGAUACAGAUGGCCUGGCCCUACUUCCUCGACUGUGAUCGAUUCUUCGACGGUGAACAAGAGGGAUGUUACGACCCCCUGGAGGGCCUCGGAGCAGGUCAAGAAGUAAUGGAUCUUCAAGGUACGGAAGUUCCUCCUGCAGAAUCGGAAACCUCUAUCCAGUUCAAGCACCACUCCAACGCUCAAAUGAUCAGCAUCUUAAAGAAGACGGAAGAGCGAUGCCCCGACAUAGCUAGAACUUACAGCAUUGGGCGCAGCUUGGAGGGCAGGGAUCUGCUCGUGAUCGAGUUCUCCAACAAUCCCGGAGAACACAAGCUGCUUGAGCCAGAGGUAAAGUACAUUGGGAACAUGCAUGGAAAUGAAGCCCUGGGCCGCCAGCUGCUCAUCUACUUGGCUCAGUAUCUGUGCACGGAGUAUGAGCAGGGAAACGAGCGCAUCCAGACCCUCGUCAACACCACCCGCAUCCACAUCCUGCCCUCCAUGAACCCUGACGGAUACGAGGUGGCGGUGUCCGACAAUAACUUCGAUGAUGAUGACGAAGAGGGUCGUGGUUACAGUUCCCAGAACAACAUCGGCCGAAACAAUGCCCAGAACGUCGACCUGAACAGAAACUUCCCCGACUUGACCUCCAUUGUUUAUGGCAGACGCAGACAAAAGGGCUACCGCACCGACCACAUCCCAAUCCCAGACGUUUACUGGUUUGGUAAGGUUGCACCAGAGACCUAUGCUGUCAUGAAAUGGAUCCGUUCCAUCCCGUUUGUGCUCUCCGCUAACUUCCAUGGUGGGGACUUGCUGGUGUCUUACCCCUACGAUCUGUCUAAACAUCCGCAGCAGUACGACAUGUUCUCCCCAACACCAGACGAUAAGGUUUUUAAGUUUCUUGCAAGAAUAUAUGCAAACACGCACCAAACGAUGUCCCGUGAAAAUGAACGCUGCAGAUCUCUCACUAACAGCGAUAAAGGGAUCAUUAAUGGAGCAGAGUGGUCGAGCAUUUCUGGAGCUAUGCAGGACUUUAACUAUCUUCAUACCAACUGCUUCGAGGUGACGGUGGAGCUGGGCUGUGAUAAGUUCCCUCCUGAAGAGGAACUCUUCCUCGCCUGGCAUGAUAACCAAGAAGCUUUGAUUGUAUUCUUGGAGGCAGUGCAUCAAGGUAUCAAAGGCAUCGUCAAAGAUGAAGAGGGAAACGGCAUAAAAGGCGCUCAAAUUACUGUUAGAGGAAUAAGGCACAGUGUUACUUCAGCUGAAAACGGAGAAUACUGGCGCAUCCUGACCCCGGGCAUCCACAUCGUCACCGCCUCGGCCCCCGGCUUCGACAGCGCCACAAAGAAAGUGCACCUGCCCUCUCGCAUGCAAACAGCAGGCCGUGUGGACUUCGUGCUGAAUAAAGCUUCUCCCCCGCCUGAUGUGGAGGAAACUACUGCAACGGGGACCUAUGAGCAAUUUGACCCGUACAACCAGUACAAACACUACACCCAGAUCGCUAACGGUACCCAGAGCCGCGAGGAGAGAGGAGAGAAGCCUUGGUGGUGGAGUUACUUUGUCUUACCGGGACACUCCACCCCCACCUGGCUCCUCAAACAUUAUUAGAGCUUUAAUACGGGAAGAUAAAUAUGAUGUUCUCUUCAGGAAAAAAAAAAGAACAAUCAUGACAUAAAUGUGCAGCUUUUUUUUUAAAGGUCUCACACAUCCUUGCACACUUACAUGUGCUCUACUUGGUCCCAACUCCUAUUUGAAUGUUAACGUACUGUAAGCACCUUAUAUCGGAAAGCUUUUGCCUUGAUAGUUAGAUGACUUGCACUAAUGUUCAUGAUUAAAUCAGUUUGUUUAAGAUAUGCAUUUGUAAUUUCAGCUGUUUUACAGCAGAAAUAAACUAUAAUAUUGGUGUAUAUCAUGGAAAAGUGUAACAUUAUUUCCAGUACUCGAGUUGUAAAAAACAUCAGGGGGGAUGGUGGAUUUUAUCAUAUGGGGACAGAUCAUUUGUGCUGAUUACAAAUAAUAUAAUAUAUUACAAAUAAUAGCAGUGACCAAAACACCUGCAGAAAUACUGCAGGAAUGACAUAGCAGCAGUUAAAUGCAGCCUUCUGUAAGCUUUAAAUAUCCACUGGGCUUACAUCAAAUAC